UCCAAACAGAUUGGUAUCUGAAUCUCGGAGGAAGGCAACAACUUCCCUUUACGGUCUCCUUCUCUCUUUAAUUUCCUCCGGAAAGGAUCGUCGAAUAGAUAACGGAAAAACGUGAGAAGAACGAGAAAAACAUAGCGGCCACGAGAAGUUUCCGGUUGAUAUCCCGGAAACGACCGUGGGUCUCUCGGCUGAAGUAAAAGCCGGGACGAAAGAAAAGGACACAAGACGGAAGAGUGUGUGGUUAUGUGCUAGUGAGACUCAGGCAAAAAGACAUACCCAAGUAUAGAAAACACUAAUCUAGUCACGAUGACCAACAGCAUGAAGCAAACGGUUAUCAAAAACCCGACAUGGUGGAAGAGGCGGUCCGGUUUGGAACGCGGAUUAACGGUGAUAGCGGUUUCCGGGUUCCUCUUGUGCAUCGCUUUGGCGGUCGCCAUCGGAAUUUUGGCGGCCAACACGACAUGCAACAUCAAGUCUGAUACUGUUAACGUAGAGAUGCUACCAUCCACAGCCCAGGCGUUAAACGGUUUGGAUAUACCGAAGAACAUAACACUGGCGAAAUGCAAUGAUGUCUGUUUAACAUCUGAAUGCAUUCACACAGCCUCUAAUGUAAUAAAAAAUAUGGAUCCUAAUGUGGAGCCCUGUGAUGACUUUUACAAAUUCGCCUGCGGUGGAUUCCUAGAAUCCACAAUUAUCCCCGACGAUAAAACUAGCGUGACUGCGUUCUCUACUAUCGUUGAUGAUCUCGAGGAACAAUUGCGACUCAGUAUCGAAGAAGAAAGUCCUCCAAACGAACUGAGAUCGUUUAGGCUUGCCAAAGACUUCUACAAGGCCUGCAUGAACAAAACCGCUAUCGAGGCGAGAGGUUUGACACCAUUACUGAACAAUCUAAAAAAUCUCGGUGGCUGGCCCGUUCUGGAAGGUGAGAGAUGGAAAGUCGGCGACUUCACUUGGAAAGAUUCUGUCUACAAAUUCCGGAGACUGGGCUAUUCAGUUGAUUACUUCAUCGAUUUCGGCGUCAGUGUCGACUUGAAGAACAACUCUAGGCGUUUGAUCGACCUCGAUCAAGCAGCGCUCGGACUUUCGCGCGAAUAUCUGUCGAAAGGUUUCAAUGAGAAAAUCGUCCAGGCAUAUUACAAAUACAUGGUAGACAUUGCUAUAAUUCUUGGAGCCAAUCCUGACCAAGCCCGCACAGAAUUAAAAGAAUCACUUGAAUUUGAAAUCAAGCUCGCAAAUAUCUCUCUGCCCAAUGAAAAACGACGCAACGUGACCCUCCUCUACAAUCCUAUGACUGUGAAUGAGCUGUCCCUAGCCUACCCUAGUAUACCGUGGUGGGAAUACUUUAAUACCAUCCUGUCACCGCAAGCACAACUAACUCAGGACGAGAUAGUUAUUGUGAAUGUGCCUAGCUAUCUAAAGGCUUUCGAAAAACUAAUCAGCAUCACGCCGAAGAGAGUGCAGGCAAACUAUGCACUUUGGAGAGCAACUGCUGCGUCGAUCAGCUAUCUAACGGAUGACAUCCGUAAGAGACAACUGAAAUAUACAGUGGAGUUAAAUGGCAAAACAGAGAGAGAACCCAGAUGGAAAGAAUGCGUUGAUAUUGUUUCUGGCAGCAUGGCAAUUAGCGUCGGCUCGAUGUACGUAAGAAAGUAUUUUAAGGAAGAUGCGAAAAAAACUGCGCUCGAAAUGGUCGAUGAUAUCAGGCAGGAAUUCACAAAGAUCCUGAAGAAGGUGGAGUGGAUGGAUGAAAAGACCAGAAAAAAUGCUUUAGAAAAAGCAGCCGAUAUGACUUCACAUAUUGCCUAUCCAAAUGAAUUGUUGGACGAUAGGAAACUUGAAGAAUUUUAUCAGGGACUUGAAUUAAGUGCUGAUGAUUAUGUGGGAAGCAUUUUUAACUUAUCUAUCUUUGGGACGAAUUUUUCAUUUGGCAGGCUGAGAAAGCCAGUGAAUAAGACAGAAUGGAUAAGUCAUGGAAGGCCAGCUGUCGUCAAUGCGUUUUACUCGUCGAUUGAGAACAGUAUUCAAUUCCCUGCGGGUAUUUUGCAAGGCAUAUUUUUCAACAAUGAUCGGCCACAUUACAUGAACUAUGGUGGCAUCGGCUUUGUUAUUGGCCAUGAGAUUACCCACGGCUUUGACGAUCAAGGUAGACAAUUUAAUAAGGAAGGUAAUCUCGUUGACUGGUGGGAGCCAGAGACGAAGAAGCGUUAUCUCAAGAGAGCUGAAUGUAUAAUUUAUCAGUAUGGAAAUUAUUCCGUGAAAGAAGUUGGAUUGAACCUAAAUGGGAUAAACACACAAGGUGAGAAUAUCGCGGAUAAUGGUGGCAUAAAGGAGGCCUAUUAUGCAUACAAAGAAUGGGUCAAACGAAACAAGCCGGAGAAGAGAUUACCGGGUCUGCCGUACAGCCCAGAACAAUUGUUCUGGAUAAGUGCAGCUAAUUCUUGGUGCAGCAAGUAUCGACCGGAAGCACUGAAGCUGCGAAUUACGACGGGCUUCCACAGCCCAGGCGAAUUCCGCGUUCGAGGACCGUUGUCGAACAUGGAGGAGUUCUCGCACGAUUUUAAUUGCCCGAUUGGCUCCAGAAUGAACCCCGAGAAGAAAUGUACCGUGUGGUAGAUCUCAGGUGUCGGAAAAAUAUGUGUGAACGACACCGGCUGACUUCGUUUUUAACCUUAGAAGUUACAAUUCUGCAUGCUUGAUGCUUCGUUGAACCAAUUGUAUUGAACCAAUUAUAUUCUUAGCGGCUCAGUAUUAGAGACGUGUUCAAAUGCAUGACAUUUUUGCAUUUUAAAAAAGAGGAUAGCAUUUAAUUUCAGAUACUAAGCUGCUUUAUCAUAUUUAUAAAAUUAAUUAUUUAUUUGAAAUAAUAAUUUAUUUUUUUUAUAUAUUUCUGCAAUUUCCAAGCAUUUAUAUUGUCGCUUCUGAGGUUAAUAAAUCCAAUGGAGUCGUCGAUCUCAUGCCAACAGUAUAUGGAGGUAGCCCUUGUUCCCCUCUUACAGUAUCCUGCCAUAGCGACAUUGCCGCAGCAGAGAAUAUUUUAUCAGUGAACGCUACUCGAAAGCAAGAACUGAAAUUUCGCAUAAUACAGAGUAUGCAAAAAGAAAGCAUUCUCCACGAGGAAAUCUAUGGAGAUCGAAUCGACCUGCCUGACCUUAGACAUGUGGGAUAUAUAUAUUAUGUAUUGUCUUUGGUAAAUUUUUAUAAGAAGUAUGUCGCGGGACGCAUAUACAUGUAAAUAGAAAGAAAUUGAAAUAACGUCGGAUUUGAAAAUUAAUUAGUUAUACAAAGUUAUACAAGUUUGAUUGCUUAACUAUUUUUAAUACUAAAGCAUUAGUGAUUCCUAUGCCAAUGGCAAUAUUUGUCAAAGGUUUUAGAUUAUUACGGAAAAAAUUAAGUUAAACUCUGUCUAGAGUGCUCUAAUGUAGUUUCAAGUUUAAAGAUUUUUAUGGAUAAAUGUUGGCAGUUUUAUUAAGAA